AUGGCGGCGUCUCCCAGGCCGGCGGGGGGCGAGCGGCGCGCGGCGGCGGGCGUCGCGCUGGGCCUGGCCGGAGCGGCCCUCGGCGUGUCCCUCGUACGGGCCGCCGCGGGCGCCCAGCGCCUCGAGGUCGCAUCGCUCGCCGCCGGCGCCUCUGGGAGCGUCGGCGCGCGCCGGGGCGCGGCGCGGUCCCUGUGCCUCGACUACUGCGCGGGCGUUGGGUCCCGGGAUGCGGCGUGCGACAUCUGCGCCGUCGCGUCUUUCGUGCACCUCCACAACGCGUACGAGGACGCGGCGGGCAAGCCCCUCGGGGAGGGCUACUACCCGUACGAGUACCUCGCCGAGGUGUGGCAGCCGACGGUCUUCGAGGUGGACGAUGCCGUCGUCGGCGCGGCCUUCCUGCGGCGCGUGGCGUCGGCGGCUUGGGUCGUCGGCGGCGGCGCCGCGGACGUCGCCGCGAACGGCACCGCGGCGAGCGUCCGGGCCCGGGGCGGCGCGAUCUACGCCUACGCCUACGCCUUCGACGUCACCGUGAAGCACGUGCGGCGCGAGAUCCGCCGGCUUACGGACGCGGACCGGGGCCGGUUCCUCGACGCGCUCCAGCUCAUGUACAGCACGCCCCAGGACGUCGGCGAGGCGCUUUACGGGCCCAAGUUCAAGAGCGGCAACUACCUCGUCCGCAAGCACCUCUACGGCGCCGCCCGAGGAAAAUCGUCCGUGCGGGGCCCAGGCAUCGUCACGCACCACCUCGCGUACACGCUCGAGGCGGAGCAGUCGCUCCAGGCCAUCCACCCCGCGGUUUCCAUCCCCUAUUGGGACUACACCAUCGACGCUUACUAUUACAAUACGACGACGACGACGACCGGCGCGGGCUGCGGCGCGGGCUGCUGGGGCGACGAGUGGACCGAGAGCGCACUCUUCCGCGACGACUGGUUCGGCCCCGUGGCGAACGCGACGACGCGCUACGUCGUCGCGAGCGGCCGCUGGAGCCACAUGCCCGUGCUCACGGAUGCCUGGGGCUACAGCGACAUCGUCUCCCCCUACGGCUACCUCCGGUCGCCGUGGAACUGCAACCCGAACCCGUUCCUCUCGCGGUCGCGAGAGGUCCUCGGCUCGCGGGACGUGGCGCAGUACCCAGAUUGCGCCGAGUUCUACACCGCCUUCAACUCAAGCGACAUCGGCGCUCUCUUCUCCUACUUCAACGGCAACCUCCACGGGCCCAUGCACAUCCUCACUGGCGGCCUCUGGGGCGACGACCCGAAGAAGGAGCGGGACCUCGACCUCUGGUUCGAGGACGAGCGCCAUGUCACGGCCUACAAGGAGCUCCUCCCUAACGUCCUGCUUAUGGCGAAGUUCCUCUGGCGCCAGGGCUACCUCACGUGCCCCACGUUUUGCUCGCGCGACGCCAGCGCAGCGGACUGCGCGUGCUCGUGCCCCGAGGACCUUCGCGCCGGCUGGGACUACGAGGAGUUCUGGCACCGCACGGGCCUCCGCAACGUCACGGACCGCACCUUCCACUUUGGCGACUGGAACAUCCCCAGCCUCACGAAGGCCGUGUGCCACGUCGGCCACGUCGGCGACUCUUUCUCGUCGGCCGCAUCACAGGACCCCAUCUUCUGGGUCCUCCACCCCCUCGCCGACCGUUUUAUCGCCUACCGCCGUCUCCUCACUCACGAGGGCCUCAUGACCCUCGACGAGACGUGGGACUACGACCACGCGCGCAUCGCCUCGGACACGCACAGCACGUGCGACUGGGCGGACGUCGAUGCGGGCCUGUCCCUCCUGCCGACUUGCACGCCCGGCACUUGCGCGGGUCACAAGGAGGACGACCUCCUGCCGUUCACCGGGUUCCAGGGCACAGGCGACACGUACACGAACCGCGAGUUCUGGGACUACGUCUCGCCCCUCAACGAGCACCUCCCCUACACCUACGACACGUUCACCACCUGGCCCGCGCGGCUUAAGUCCACCGGCAACCAGCCGCAAUUUUUGCGAGAGUCGUUCAUGGGCAUGGACGCAGUAGCUACGUGUCUGAUGAUCUUGAUGGAGAAGAGCUCAUCACCUACCUCACAAAUACGCUGGAAGGACAAGAUGAUGGCUACUUUGCCCAUGUAUUCUUCACUUAAUCAGAUGGAUAGUCGUCGCUUGGUGAGCAGACGUUACUCUUCCAUGGCCCGCUUCUACGGUGUGUCGGGUCCCAUCUUCGGCGUCGCGUGCCUCGGUGAGGCGUCGACAUCAACUUUGGAGGUGCCCUCCCACCGCAUCAUCUACUGCGGCGGCGGCGGCUCGAGUAAGACGGGCGUCGGAAACGCCAUCGUCGCCGCGGACCUCGACGAGAGCGGGCUCUUGGAGCUGUGCAAGCUGGACACCGGCGACGAGCUCUGCUCUGGCGUCCAGGUGUUUCGCGGCUGCGCCGUGCUCGUCGCGGUGUUCGGCAAAUCGUUCAGGCUCUGCGCGCUCGUCUCGCUGGCGCCCGGGAUGAUCGCGGGGCCAAGAGAAUCAAGCAUCGUCGUCGUGUCCGAGGACUACGUCGCCGAUUUCAAGGAUUGUACCAGUGCUUUUAACUACGCGACGUGGCAGGACUGGGUUAAUUAUGGGAUGCAUCUAACGCUGACCCAGGCUUGGUGGCCGAACAUGAUCUGUGCCAAAUAUGGGAAACAAGAUGGACGCGUGGGCGGUAAAUUUUACGCGAUGGCCAUCCACUGGAACGUCCCCGCGUGGUUUAUGUCGGCGUUGGCGUUCUACUGGAUCCUUUUCAAGCCGCUGUAUAAGAAACCAGGCACUGGUGCUACCAGGGUCUACAAAUUUUACCAUGGAUACUUCAUCAAGUCAAACACGCACUACUGCUACUGCUAGUCCUGAAUAAAGUGUGUAGUAAUGGGAAUGUGUCAAAUUAGGGGGCGACACUGAAAACCCAGGGUUUUGCCGUCGUCGAGCCGAGCCCCGAGGCUGCGCCUAUCCCGAGGAGCCCGCGUAGGAACUCAAAAGCG